AUGAAACGGAAGAGCUGUAAAAGUGGUGUCUCCCUCUCUUUCUCCCUGUUCAAGAAAUUCCGCCGACGAGUGCAGGAGUCCACCAAGGUGCUGAGGGAGCUGGAGAUCUCUCUGAGGACCAAUCACAUCGGGUGGGUGCGGGAGUUCCUCAACGAUGAGAACAAGGGCCUGGACGUGCUGGUGGAGUACCUGUCCUUCGCCCAGUGUGCCGUCAUGUUUGAUUUUGAGAAUCUGGAGAAUGGGGAGGACGGGGUGUUAGACAAGGCCAAGUCCUGGAGCAGGUCUAUCGAGGAUCUGCACCAGAGCUCUGCCCAGGCUUUCAGCAGCAGCAGUCUGGCUCGCUCUGCCCGCCAGUCUGUGCUCCGCUAUAACACACUGUCCAACAGCAAGACCAUCAAGAACUCCCGGCUGGUCAGCCAGAAGGACGACGUACACGUCUGCAUCAUGUGCCUGCGAGCGGUCAUGAACUAUCAGUACGGGUUUAACCUGGUCAUGUCACACCCACACGCUGUCAAUGAGAUUGCCCUCAGCUUGAACAACAAGAACUCCAGAACGAAGGCGCUGGUCUUGGAGCUCCUUGCUGCUGUCUGCCUGGUGAGGGGAGGCCACGAGAUCAUCCUGUCGGCGUUCGACAACUUCAAAGAGGUGUGUAAGGAGAAGCAUCGCUUCGAGAAGCUGAUGGAGUAUUUCCGCAGUGAGGAAGGCAACAUCGACUUCAUGGUGGCCUGCAUGCAGUUCAUCAACAUUGUGGUCCACUCGGUGGAGGACAUGAACUUCAGGGUCCACCUGCAGUACGAGUUCACCAAGCUGGGCCUGGACGACUUCCUGGAGAAAUCGAGGCACACGGAGAGCGACAAGCUGUCCGUGCAGAUCCAGGCCUACCUGGACAACGUGUUUGAUGUGGGAGGCCUCCUGGAAGAUGCGGAGACCAAGAAUGUGGCGCUGGAGAAGGUGGAGGAGCUGGAGGAGCACCUGUCUCAUCUGAACGAGAAGCUGCUGGACGUGGAGAAUGAGAACAUGACCAGGGUGGCCGAGCUGGAGAAGCAGCUGCUGCACAAGGACAAGGAGCUGGAGGCUGUCAAGUUCCCCCCGGGGCCUGACGAGUGCCCGCUGCGCUCCUCGCCGCGCAGGUUCGACCUGAAGGCCCUGCCGGUGGACUUCGUGGAGUGCCUGAUGCGCUGCCUGCCCACGGAGGCGGAGGUGAAGGUGCUGCGGCAGUACGAGCGCGAGCGGCGGCCGCUGGACCAGCUGGCCGAGGAGGACCGCUUCAUGCUGCUCUUCAGCAAGAUCGAGAGGCUCACCCAGAGGAUGAGCAUCAUCACCUUCGUGGGCAACUUCCAGGACAACCUGUCCAUGCUGACCCCGCAACUGAAUGCCAUCAUCGCUGCGUCUGCGUCCAUGAAGUCAUCGCCCAAGCUGAAGAGGAUGCUGGAGAUUAUCCUGGCCUUGGGGAACUACAUGAACAGCAGCAAGAGAGGGGCUGUCUACGGGUUUAAACUUCAAAGCCUGGAUCUGCUCUUGGACACUAAAUCCACCGACCGGAAGAUGACCCUGCUGCACUACAUCGCCCUGAUUGUGAAGGAGAAGUACCCCGAGCUGUCCACCUUCGGGAGCGAGCUGCACUUCAUCGACAAGGCUGCCGCAGUGUCCCUGGAGAACGUGCUGCUGGAUGUGCGGGAGCAGGGCCGCGGGAUGGACCUGGUGCGCCGGGAGUGCAGCCUGCACGACCACGCGGUGCUCAAGGCCUUCGUCAGCAGCAGCGAGGCCCAGCUGGAAAAGCUGCAGAGAGACGCCAAGACCGCGGAGGAGGCCUUUAACAUCGUGGUGCAGUAUUUCGGGGAGAACGCCAAGACCACCCCUCCGUCGGCCUUCUUCCCCGUGUUCGUGCGCUUCGUCAGGGCCUACAAGGAGGCGGAGCAGGACAACGAGCUGAGGAAGAAGCAGGAGGCGGCCAUGCGGGAGAAGCUCCUGGCCCAGGAAGCCAAACAGCAGGACCAGAAGACACAGGCGCAGAAGACCAAGCGCCAGCAGCAACAGGACCUGAUCGCGGAGCUGAGACGACGGCAGGCCAAGGACCACCGGCCCGUGUACGAGGGCAAAGAUGGCACUCUGGAGGACAUCAUUACAGUGCUCAAGAGCGUUCCCUUCACCGCCCGAACGGCCAAGCGAGGCUCGCGCUUCUUCUGCGACGCCAACCUCUACGACGAGUCCAACUGUUAGCCCCCCCUACCCCAAGACCUCCGAAAUCAGCCCUUCCUGCGUGCCGACGCGGUGAUCCGCAACGGCUGGAGAAGACUGUGAGACCCGCCGCCAUCGGAUCCGGAAGCGGGUCCUCUGUGCAAACCGCCCACUCCGCCCCACCCCUCCCUCCCCACCCAAAAACAAUCAGAGCCUGCGUUCAGGCAUUGCACACUUCCUCCAGUCACAGGCCCGCGUCUGCAAGGAGAGGAGCACACGUUGUUUUAAUUUAUUCUUUUUUCGAGACGUUUGAAGUUGAGUGGCGGUGGCCGAAGGCUGGGGUGUUCGCCCGCGCCAGAGGCGCUGUGUCCGGCAGGAAGCCGCGAUGCGCGGCCCCUCAGACCUGCCCCGCACUGCAGGGGGCGCUCUGAAAGACAGCAGCAGUUCGGCCUCCUCUAUGCUCCCAGCUGGUCCUCGGCCGUCUCCACGGAGACCAGAGGGCUGCCCAGUUUGUGUGCUGGACUGGCCCUGUGCUGUGGACCUGCUUUGGCCUUCGUUGCCAGAACCGCCGACGGUUCCCUCUUUUCCAGCUCCAGGUGGGAAUGCCCGCCAGGUGCCUGGAGCGCGAUGAGAAAACAGACAAUCUAGCAGAACCAAACUGCUUGACUUCUCUUUUUUUUAAAGAAGUGCCUCAAUGUUAUGACAGUAUUAUUUUCAAAAGCAUCUUGUUCUUAUGUUUUUUUAAUGUUUUAUAAGCCUUUAUGUUAGGUUUUAUACAUUCCUGUUGUAUUGUCCUGUAUGUCUUAAAUAUCAAUACUGUACAGAAACUAUGCAAUGUCUUAAUCUGACUUCCAGCUUUAAAUAAGGCCUUUAUUGUGUGCAACAUGACUUUCUGGAUUCUGGAGGACUAGAGGAAACUUGGACAUCUUUAUACUGUACUGGCUAAUUCAGCCUGUUACUUCUGCAUUUUGUUUUACAGUGGCACUCCUAAGUGCUUUCCACACAUUCUCACUGGUCAUGGUGUGUUGUACAGCUGCUGUGCUUUUACUCUUCUCAAUCCCAGCCCGAGUUACAGUCUUGCUGGAAAACUCUGUCCCACUAUCCAGGCAGACACGAGGCAAGCUGAGGGCAGUGCAGGUAAAGACCACAUCAGUUAUAUUCCUCUCCCCCUCGUCCGCUGUUGUGAGCUGUCAGGCGUGAUAUCGCUGCCACAGUCUGGCGUGUCGGAGGGAUCCGUUCCCCAAGCGAGGUCUGGUGUCCUUAAUAUCCAAGACUGGGUCUGCUGUUUUGUGCAGCGCCCAUCUUGUCAGACAACAAGCCCACGGCAGCUGUCCGCCCGAGUGCAUGCUGGGAUUAAACGAGCCCUUGCACAGGCUCAUGCCCCGCGUGUGACAAGAGACACGAGGAUCCUACGGCAGCCUCCGUUAAACGGUGGAAGUGCUUGUAAGCUUGCUUCCUAGAAACGUUUACAUUUUGAAGAGGGGAGAGGAGCAGGGCAAACGAACGCCCUGCACUAGGCCGAUGGAGUCCAGAGUAACUCGACCACGCAGGAGCCUGAGGCGAAUAGUACCUGCUCUCCUGAUGCUGCUUUUUUUUCUUCAGACAAAAUUGACCUGCCUUCACAACAAAAUAACCUUUUAAGCGUGAAAUUCACUUAAGGGAACUUUUCGUUUCCCACAAAUACAAAAUGACAACAUUUUCACCGAUUAACUUGUGGCUCUUAUAGCCAUAUUGCACUCUCGCACCUGCGGCUGUUUAAUGCCAGUGCCUUAUUCUGUAUUGUUUUCUUAAAAAACACAGGCCAAGACUGUCUCUUAAAGCCGAGAAUUCCUCUGUGCCUAUUGUUGAUGGAGGCGAUUGUAUUUAGCCUGACUAACCCCCUUGGAAGCAACUUCCAGCUGGCAGACCGUAAGGUAUCCAGAUCCGCAGUACCUCUCCUCAUGACUCCUGCGGGACCCGACAGGCAGCGAGACCAGGGACUCCCAGAGCUGGCAGCCCCCGCUGUCCCCGGCCUCCUGCCGCAAAAGCUGUGCAACAGCUCUGACUGUAGCUGGUACUCUUGUUUUAGACAGAGCACCUCUUGACAAAGACGAUUCGAUGCCAAAGAUGAAACGGGACAAAGUGCAGAGUGGAUCCAAAGCCAUUUUUAUUGUCGUGUUCAUGAAGUCCUUGAGGCGUGUGCCUUGAUUUGCAGAUCUGUUCUUUGGCGGGGGAGAGACUGCCGGCCUGCAGGCAUUUACUUCAGGUGAGGCCUGACCGCACAGCCCUGCUUGUAUUCCCCGUCCGCAGGACUGGUUGGGCGUUACUCCCCUCUGCUCUGGCGUGACUUGCCACCACAGGGGCUGUGCGGGCAGAACCCCCCCCCCCUGUCCGUAACCGGCAGUCUCACCUCCCCCUGCCCGGGACACGGGACGCGGUUCUCGCAGACGCCAGCGGAUGUCCAGAGCCGCAGCCCGGCCCAGGGACGGUUUACUCACCAGGGGGCCGAGGCCUGGACGCUGGCUGUUGUGGGCUCUGCUGCCUCCGGGGGGCGCUGCUCCAGCGCUGCCCUGUGGACGUUUAUCCGGGUUCCUGUUCCGGGCAGCGCCAGGCCAGCGCCUCACCUUGCCGAUGCUAUUGACUGGGUUUGACCGAAUGGUCGCUGGUGAGAAGCUGUUCCACCCGCGAAGCAGAAAAGGAGUGAUUGUCGCCGAUCUGCUGGCGAGCAGCAGUCCACUGUCCGUCGCUGAUGUUUGAGUCAGGGGUGGGCGCUGGCCUCUUCUCGGACCCGCGCUUUCCACAGCUUUCCCAGAAUCCCAGUGGACACUACUUCCUUAAUAUUGUAACAUACGUUAUCCUUUUUUUUUUUACAUGUUGUAAAUGUAUGAAGGAAAAAAAAGUGUUCUACCAAUCCUGUAUAACACUACUUGUAAAAAAAAUAAGCGAAAGCAAAUUUUUGUGCUGCGCCCAAUGAAGUUAAUAAAUCUUCUUAAUAAAAGGCUAGCCCGUUCCCCUGGAAA